AUGCGUGAAAGUAUCAAAUAUUCCUCGCUUAAGCCAAAAUCACAAUUUUCGCUACUAGCUAACAGACUUUUGUCAAAAUCGUUCUUCCGAAAGUAUGGUAUCCUCUGCGGUGUUUUGCUGGCUGGACUUACCUAUUUGGUUUAUCACAGGGCGUCGCGUCAAUACUAUAUUUAUCAAACUCUUCCGGCCUAUCAACGGAGUCUACAUUUCGAACUGAGUUCGGAAGGAUCAAGAGAGCAACAGUACCAAUCGGACCGAUGGCAACCGAUUGGAGAUCCGCAACGAAGGUUCCAAAUCUAUUCCGCCUACUUCGACGAUAGACUGGAAAUUGUUGAAGAUUUACCAAUUCCAAAGGAUACUCUUCCUUUUGGAAGUGUUCGCAUAAUCACAAUUCUCCCGUUGAACGUUGAAGGCAAGAAAGUAUUUUGUAACUUCUGGUAUGAGGGGCGUCCAGAUGAGAUUCACCGCACACAGGCGGAUCAGGUACAGGCCAUCCACGAGCAUUUUGACAUGCCAUUUGCGGCUACAUUCGUUACUUGUAUGCUGACUGGCAACAUGAAACACACCAAAGUUACUCUUCCGAACCAGGUUGGUUUGAGCUAUGAGCUGGAGCCCAGUAUGGUCAAUGAGACCAGUUUUGUGCCAAUACACUACAACAAAUGGAAAAUCCUCCCGCAAGGCCACCCCAACUGGAACCUGGCCGUCUGCGUCGGUCCGCUGCAUCACAACUACGGCAACGCAGGCCGGCUGGUGGAGUUCAUCGAAUAUUGGCAGCUGCUGGGGGCGGAGCGGUUCUAUUUCUACAACAAAUCCAUCUCGGCGGAUGUAAACCGAGUGCUGAACUACUACCAGGACCGCGGUGAAGCCGAGGUGCACGAGUGGAACGUGGACGGGUACCAGUUCGAGCAGGAGCUUCGCUACGAGGGCAUUUUUGCUGCCAUCAACGACUGUAUGUAUCGAGCCACGGUGCUGGGGGAGUUUACCUACACGGCGGUUGUCGAUUUGGAUGAAUUUAUACUACCGACUGGUGGACAGCAGCAGCAGGGAGGUGGAUUGCAUAAUUUGCUUCGCGAGCAGGAUCGGUACGAUGCGAACUCGUUCAACUUCCGGGCGGUGUUUUUCUACGGCAAGUACGAGGAAGACUUCUCCCGCAAGCCGGACUGGACCAACAAUUCGUACCUGUACACGCAGGUUCGGAACCAGCGGACCAAGUUCCCGCUGGAGCACCACCAUCGCAGCAAGUACGUUGCCAUCGGGCGUAACGUCAUCGAGGGCGGAAAUCAUUUCGUGUGGAAGGCGCUGAGAGGAACGAAGGAGUAUCGCAUCCCACCGGAGACGGGUUUACUGUUCCACUACCGUGAUAAUUUUAUCGGUUAUGGUGAUGAAUUCUACAUUGAGGACAACACCGCACGACAGUACGAGAACCGAAUAUGGGGGGCGGUCGAUUCCGUGUGCAGUAAACUUUUCCCGGAAAACUACGGACGCUGUCCGAUGGGCGGUGAAGAAAAUGAUUAA